AUGACGGCAAAAGUCAAAGCUAACGUCACUUCCUUCGAUUCAAACCUCUAUGCCGAUAACGCGGGAUUGGAGUUGGACCGUAAGGUGCGCUCACCUAAGAAAAUGAUCGAGUCUAAGGUAUUUGAGGGGGAUCUUAGGGGGGCUGUGCGUCUGUUGUUAUCGGAGGACUCGUACGCGCGACAGGAACCCAGCACUUUAGCGGCUUUAAGAUUGAAGCACCCAGCUCCAUCCCGUCCUCUUGAUUUCCCACCUGAGCCAGGAAUUUCUUUAACCCCGGUAUCAGUGACUAUAGAAGAGGUGGUGUCCGGUCUUAACUCAUUUUAUAGCGGCUCUGCUGGGGGCUUGGAUGGGUUACGUCCUGCCCACCUCAAAGAGUUAACGUCCGUGUCAGCUGGGGAAAACGGUCAGAAACUUUUGGGGUGUUUGGCUAAAUUAACAAAUUUUUUGCUAAGCGGGCAAGUAAAUCCUCUGGUGUGCCCAUACCUGUACGGUGCUUCUCUCUGCGCUUUGACCAAAAAAGACGGAGGUAUACGGCCUAUCGCAGUUGGUAGCGUCUUUCGUCGUCUGACGGCCAAGGCGGCAUGUCGCGCCGUGAAGGAGGAGAUGGCCGGUUAUCUGCAACCACAUCAGUUGGGGUUCGGAACGCGUCUGGGUUGUGAGGCGGCCAUCCACGCUACGCGGUCGUACGUAAUGGACCCUUCGAACUCGGACAGCAUUGUGCUUAAACUUGACAUUUGCAACGCGUUCAAUACCUUGGAAAGAGACGUUUUAUUGAGUGAGGUUAAGGAGAAGGUUCCUUCGCUCUAUCCAUUUCUUCACCAGGUUUAUAAACCUUCGUCUAAAUUAUUCUUUAACGAUGACCUUAUCUACUCUCAAGUGGGAGCCCAGCAGGGGGAUCCACUUGGGCCACUCAUCUUCAGCUUGGCUAUUCACAAAAUUAUUGUUGAACUCAAAUCGACCCUGAACAUCUGGUAUUUAGACGAUGGCACCAUUGGGGGGAAACCGGAAGACGUUCUUCAGGAUCUUGAGACACUUAUCCCUCGUUUCAAAGACCUGGGUCUAGUGGUGAAUCCCUCCAAAUAUUACGUACCUGCUAAGGACCUCCCCCACGUGGAAGUGUCCAGUGGAGGUAUCUUCGUUUGA